GAGACCGGUGCUUGCAGUUUGAAAUUAGUUUCUGCUCCGCAGCAGUCACUUGGGCGUUUUACGUUUGCCUCUGUUAAUGGAAGGGAACAAAAAAACCUUGCAGCAUACCAGUGAACUAAACGGGAACUGACCACAGGGGAGAAUCUGAUGCACGCUUACAGACUGUUGGGACUCUGUGGCAUAGAUCACCAAGCUGAAAAGCCAAAGAAGGUUUUCAAAGGAAUGCAAAAGGAACAGGAGUUUUAAAAGCAGGACGGUGAAAGGGGAUCUCCAUAACAUGAAUUUCACCCAGCACCGUGGGACACUCCAGCCUCUCCAUUUCUGGAACCACAGCUACGGACUGCAUGGAGGUGCCAGCGAGCCCAAUGCAAAGGGCCACUCCUCUGGAGGCUGCUACGAGCAACUCUUUGUAUCCCCUGAAGUGUUUGUGACUCUGGGCAUCAUCAGCUUGCUGGAGAACGUCUUGGUCAUUGUGGCGAUAGCCAAGAACAAGAACCUCCAUUCGCCCAUGUACUUCUUCAUCUGUAGCUUGGCAGUGGCUGACAUGCUAGUGAGUGUAUCUAAUGGAUCAGAAACUAUUGUCAUCACGCUGCUAAACAAUACAGACACAGACGCACAGAGCUUUACCAUAAACAUUGACAAUGUCAUUGACUCAGUGAUUUGCAGUUCCUUGCUUGCAUCAAUUUGCAGUCUCCUCUCAAUAGCAGUGGACAGGUACUUUACUAUCUUUUACGCCCUCCAGUACCAUAAUAUCAUGACGGUGAAGCGCGUAGGGGUCAUCAUCACAUGCAUCUGGGCUGCUUGCACAGUCUCAGGCAUUUUGUUCAUCAUUUACUCUGACAGCAGUGUUGUCAUCAUCUGCCUUAUUAGCAUGUUCUUCACUAUGCUCAUUCUCAUGGCAUCCCUCUAUGUCCACAUGUUCAUGAUGGCUCGGAUGCACAUCAAAAAGAUUGCUGUCCUUCCAGGGACUGGCCCUAUUCGCCAAGGGGCCAACAUGAAAGGGGCCAUCACUCUCACCAUCCUGAUUGGAGUUUUUGUUGUGUGCUGGGCUCCAUUUUUCCUGCACCUGAUUUUCUACAUCUCCUGCCCCUACAACCCUUACUGUGUGUGCUUCAUGUCCCACUUUAACUUCUACCUCAUCCUCAUCAUGUGCAAUUCCAUCAUCGAUCCACUCAUCUAUGCAUUCCGGAGUCAGGAGCUCAGAAAAACAUUCAAGGAGAUUAUAUGCUGCUGCAGCCUGAGAGGGCUUUGUGAUUUGCCUGGCAAAUAUUAAACCGAGUGGAUAUGUUACUGUACACAACAUGCAGCACAGACUUCCAAGCCUUCAGAUCCUCUUAGCAGAAUUUGGGUUAAAUCUUUAAGAGUGAGCACCUCUUUCUGUCUCCCCUCCUUCUCAUCCUUGUGUCCCAUUCACGUGUAAUUCAUAUUUCUGUAUAAUGUUUGUGAUAUCUACAGUUUGUAAUUUAUUUGGCUAGAAAGAGAAGUAGCACUUCAUACCAAUUUGUAAGUAAGCAAAUAAAUGUAAUGGUGAAUGUGAAAUACUAACAAACAUGAGCAGCUGUAUGUUCCAAGUGCUGACGAAAUAAAUAACUUGUCUGAC